AGGGAGGGAACUGUCUUUCACUCUUACUUUCCUCUCAGUCUCCCCUUUAUCUCUGUCUUCUGCACUGUGUUUUGCCGUUCAGAAGAUAAACCCGGGAUAACACAUUCUGACAGAGAAGAUGAAGUCCCUUUUGGUUUUUCUCAUCACCUGUGUGACCCUGCUCUCACGGUGUCACGCCACUCCUCUGUUCUACAACACAUCCAUGGACGGCAGUGGUGAUGAAGCGGAGCUAGAGCUCCUAUUUCCAACCUCUUUCUCCACUCGAGCACCUGUUCACAUCUCCACUGCUACCGGAGCUCCCACCCUCACCAACACCAUCACCAACACCAUCACCACCACCAUGAUACGCCUGAAGGACUUCGUCUUUACCCGAGUAGUGGACUUCCUGCAGGAGAAUCUGCUCAUCAUCAUCGUCGUGUCCUCUCUUCUCAUCGUCAUGGUCUUCAUCAUCUGCUGUGCCUCUGCCAUGAGUCAUAAGAGAAAGCUGGAGGCCUACAAACCCCCUCCUCAUCCAAACAAGAAGUAUGUGGCUGAUAAAACAGGCGGACGCAACAAUUCAAGCGAAAUCCAGGAGAGGCCGUACGCCGUCGACCAUGUCAAGAGGGUCCAGACUCAGAGCAUGGCCUCCCCCAAACACCUACGCGUGCCCUCCAAGGCUCUGGUGGGAGAGAGGGGUAGAGACGUCAGGUCGUCACCUCGCCAGGACGUCAGAAAGGUCAGGGAGGCAGAGGAGGUGGAAAAGCGGAGAGAGGAGCCCAAGCACAAAGAGCAGCCCAAGCGCAGGGAGGAGGUGCAGCAGAGCUCCAGCCCCAGCACCAGCUCCGCUCAUUCAGUGUGCACCUGCCACCUGAAAAAGGCCCACCACUAAGGCAUGUUCAAGCCUGAUGUUGGCAUAAGAGGGAAAAUGUUGCAACCAUGCAAAAACAAAAUCAGAAAGGUUGGUUAUACCGCACACAUUAUGUGAUUCAAAUCUGAAAUACCUUCUUACAACUGCCAAAAAGAAAAUGUAUUUGUGAGGCUCAUGCCCUUAUAUGGAAAAAAAAAAAAAACAGUUAAAUCUAAAUGUUCAUGAAAAUAUGAACUAAUGCCUGAUGUAAAAAUGAUAGAAGAUAUGGGACUAGAAAUCAAAAUGCUGAAUUGUGUUGCUACAUUCGUUGUCCUUAGUCUUGCAGUAACCAACCAGUUGUUGUUUUUUUUAAUCAAGGAUUACCACAGAGUCCCAACCGCUUAAUAUCAUAUCACUGUGCCAAUGAAGUAGCAUCACUUGAAACAGUGAAAUAAACAAUUUUCUCAUGGAUAUGAUUUUUGUUAGAGGAGAAAGACAACAACAAAAUUAUUUAAAAAUAAAAAAAUGGGCAGCCUGUAAUUCCCCAUCCUUUCCAAAUAGAAAUGACAAAAAUAGUAAGUGUUAAUGUGUUUUUAAUACAGAGAUGUAUGAUUCCAUAUGCCUGCCUAGACAGAGGAAUCUCCUCAGUAUGUCCUGCUGUACGCCGUGGCAUCUUUUCACCAGCUAAGAGCUUUGGCUGAACCAGUCUGUUAUCUAGAGAUAAAUCUUUGCUGCUGUAAAUAAAGCAAAGUGAGAAGCCAGUAAACUUGAUUUGUUGGAUAACAAACAAAACAAUCUCUUUAUAUUUACAUUCAUAUUUACUUAAUUUUGUUUGCAUAAUGUUAUUUUAUGUCAUAGCAUAUUG